AUGGGUAAAGAUAUGGUUUUGGUUAUUUUAUGGGUGUGGAUUAUUAUUCAGUUUGCACUCAACAGGGCUGCUCCUCAGACAGCUCUCGUCACGGAGCUUCCUGGUUUUAAUGGCACUUUUCCAUCGAAACAUUAUGCCGGGUAUAUAAGGAUUGGAGAUGGUGAUCUGGAUAAUUUAUUUUACUACUUUAUUGUAUCGGAGAGAAAUCCUUCAAAAGAUCCUGUUGUUUUAUGGCUCAAUGGUGGACCUGGCUGUUCUAGCUUCGAUGGAUUUAUUUAUGAACAUGGUCCAUUCAAUUUUCAGGCAAAUAAGGAAGAAGGUAAGCUGCCAACUUUGCAUCUCAACCCUUAUAGUUGGUCCAAGGUCUCGAACAUUAUAUAUUUGGAUUCUCCUACUGGUGUUGGCUUCUCAUACUCCAAGAAUACGACUGAAUAUAUAACUGGCGACCUUAAAACUGCAAAUCAUACACACCAAUUCCUUCUCAAGUGGUUCGAGCAAUAUCCCGAGUUCCAGUUAAAUCCAUUUUAUGUAACAGGAGAGUCGUAUGCUGGAGUUUAUGUGCCAACUCUUGCUGCUGAAAUAGUGAAAGGAAUCCAUGCCAGCGUAAAACCUGUUAUUAAUUUGAAGGGAUACAUGAUAGGAAAUGGUGUGACAGACGAGAAAUUUGAUGGCAAUGCACUUGUCCCCUUUGUCCAUGGGAUGGGCCUCAUCUCCGAUACCUUAUAUGAGGAAGUAAAAGCAGCUUGUGGAGGAUACUAUUAUCGGCCUAUAAACAGUGAUUGCAGUGAUAAGAUGAUGGAAGUUUACGGACUUAUUGACGACUUGAACAUUUAUGACAUCCUUGAGCCCUGCUAUCAUAGUCCAAGUGAAAAUACAAACACAAAACUUCCAUCGAGUUUUAGAGAAUUGGGAGUCACUAAUAAGUCUCUCGCUGUCCGGAAAAGAAUAUUCGGUCGGGCUUGGCCUUUCUUCGCCCCAAUAAGACCGGGGAUCGUUCCCAUGUGGCCUCAUAUUGCCAAAGGCCAAAACACUUACGUACCUUGUACUGAUGAUGAAUUUGCUACUUCUUGGCUGAACAAUGAACGAGUAAGAAAAGCAAUCCAUGAUAGCUGGGAAUUAUGUAGUGAUAACAUCGUUUACGAUCAUAAUGCUGGAAGUAUGCUGAGCUACCACAAAAACUUAACUAUGCAGGGAUAUAGAGCCCUUAUAUACAGUGGAGACCAUGACAUGUGUGUACCCUUCACUGGAAGUGAAGCAUGGACUAAAUCAAUGGGGUAUAAAAUAGUAGAAGAAUGGAGGCCAUGGCUUGUUAACCAACAAGUAGCCGGGUAUCUUGAAGCAUAUGAUAGAAACCUGACCUUCCUCACUAUCAAGGGAGCAGGACAUACAGUACCUGAGUACAAGCCACGAGAAGCAUUGGCUUUCUACAGUUGUUGGUUGGAUGAAACUAAGUUUUGA